AUGAUCAAGAAGGAGAGUGUGAUGGUGGAUCAUGUGAGUAAAUUUGCCUAUGCAGUUCCCAUCAAAGAUAGGAGUGGAACUGUUGCGCGGAUGGUGGGGCAAGUGAUGAUGCCUAUGUGUGUGUGUAAGCCGGUGAAAAUUUUGAGUGAUAAUGGGCCUGAGUUUGUGGGGUGGGAAUUUGAAGAAAUGUUGAAGAAAUGGGGUAUUGACCAUGUGUAUUCUACUCCGUAUAUGCCCAGUGCGAAUGGGUUUAGUGAAGUUUCAUCGGGAAGGGCAUCAGGUGGUAAGGAUGUAGUUGGCAGUAUGAAUGAGUCUCUUCAGGAGUUUGGCAGGAGUGUAAAUGAGAACUAUAUGCCCAAAAGACUACUCAGCAAAGAAUCAAGUAAUGCAAGAAUAGACAAUUACAAAGUUAAUGAAAUGUAUGAAAGAAGCCAUGGCAGAGCCGAUCUGGGGGAUGAUGUUCCGCAGAGGGACAUCCUCUGCGGCGGUAAUAAAGACGCUACGGUGCUCUGCAGCUCAAAGUACCACCAUGGGCCACCACUGAACAUGGCUAAGAGUUUUAUGGCCGUGGCUGAGGUCACCACCGGACAGAAAAUUCGAUUAAACAUACCAAAUUGCAGCCCUCAAGCCUCAGUAGUUUUUAUUCUAUUUAAGGUUAAAGUUAGGCAUAAUCGUACUUCUGGCACCACUAUAGAUACUAACAAUAUAGCCCACCACCGGACCGUGGCUAAGAGUUUCAUGGGCAUGGCUGAGGUCACCACUGGACAGAGAACUGGUAUUACUAUGCAGCUGUCCAAUAUUCGUCGUGCUGCCCGCCCGCCCCGGGGACCCGCGGCGUGCCCCAGUGCCCGCCCGCCCCGGGGACCAUCGGCGGGCCGACUGGCCCGCCCAAGCCCAGGGGAACCUCGCGGGCCCCAGUGGCCCGCCCGCCCCGCGCCCGUGGGAACCUCGCGGCCCAGUGGCCCGCCCGCCCCGGGGACCUCGGCGGCCCAGUGGCCCCUCCCGCCCCGGGACCUCGGCGGGCCAGACUGGCCCGCCCCCGCCCCGGGGAACCUCGGCGGGCCCAGUGGCCCUGCCCGCCCCGUGGCCCUCGGCGGGCGACUGGCCACGCCCGCCCCGGUGAAACCUCGGCGGGCCGACUGGCCCGCCCGCCCCUGGACCUCGGAGGCCGACUGGCCCGCCCGCCCCGUGACCUCGGUGGGCCCCAGGGGCCCGCCCGCCCCGGGGACCUCGGCGCCCCAGUGGCCCGCCCUGCCCCCGGGGACCUCGGCAGGGCCCGACUGGCCCGCCCUCCCAGGGGCACCUCGCGUGCCACUGCCCCGCCCCCGCCCCGGUGACCUUCGGCAGGCCUACUGGCCCGCCCGCCCCGGGGACCGCGGGCGGGCCGACUGGCCCGCCCGCCCCGGGGACCUCGGCGGGCCAUUGCCCCCCCGCCCCGGGGACCUCUCGGCGGGCCCGACUUGGCCCGCCCGCCCCGGGGACAUCGGCGGGCCCAUUGCCCGCCCGCCCCCGGGGACCUCGGCGGGCCGACUGGCCCGCCCCCCCAGGGGACCUCGACGGGCCGACUGUCCCGCCCGCCCCGGGGCCCUCACGGGCCCAGUGGCCGCACUCCCCCGUGGACCUCGCGGGCCGACUGCCCGCCCGCCCCGGGGACCCUCGGCGGGUCCGACUGCCCCGCCCGCACCCCGGGACAUCGGCGGGACGACUGGCCCCGCCCGCCCCGGGGACCUUCGUGCGGCCGACUGGCCCAGCCCGCCCCCCGUGACCUCGGCGGGCCGACUGGCCCGCCCGCCCCCGGGGACCUCGGCGGGCCGCUGCCCGCCGGCCCCCGGGGACCUCGGCGGCCCGACCUGGCCCCCCGCCCCGGGGACCUCGGCGACCCAUGGCCCGCGCCGCCCCCGGGACCUCGCGGGCCAGUGGCCCGCCCGCCCCGAAGGACCCUCGGCGGGCCAACUGGCCCGCCCGCACCGGGGACCUCGGCGGGCCGACUGCCCGCCCCGCGCCGGGUACAUCGGCGGCCCGUGGCCCGCCCGCCCCGGGGGAACCUCGCGGGCCCGCCCGCCCCGGGGAACCUCUGCGGGCCCUUGGCCCGCCCGCCCCGGGGACCUCGGCGGGCCGCUGGCACCGCCCCCGCCCCGGAACCAUCGGCGGGCCCGACUUGGCCCCGCCCGCCCCGGGGACCUCGGCGGGCCCCGUGGCCCCGCCCGCCCCGGGGACCCUCGGCGGCCGACUGGCCCGCCCGCACCCGGGACCUCGCGGGCCCAUUGGCCCGCCCGCCCUGGGGGACCCGGCGGCGACUGGCCCCCCGCCGCCGGGGACCUCGUCGGGCCCCCAGUGGCCCGCCCGCCCCGGGGACCCUUGGCGGGACCCAGUGGCCGCCCGCCCCGGGGGACCCCCCCUCGGCGGCCCCUAACUGGCCCGCCCGCCCCGGGGACCUCGGCGGGCUACUGGCCCGCCCGCCCGUUACCUCGGCGACACCAUUUGCCCCGCCCCGCCCCGGGUACCCUCAUCGUGCCCACUGCCUGCCCGCCCCGUGGGACCACGGCGGGCCGACUGCCCGCCCGCCCCGGUUUCCCCCGCUCCCGGGGACCUCUGCGGGCCGACUGGCCCCGCCCCACCGGUGACCUCGGCGGGCCCCAGUGUCCCGCCCGCCCCGGGGAACUUGGCGGGCCCAUUGGCCCGGCCACUCCGCUGGGGACCCGCGGGGCCGACCGGCCCCGCCCGCCCCGGGGACCCGGCGGGCCCAGUGGCCCACCCGCCCCGGUACCUCGCGGCCCGACCUGUCCCGCCCGCGUGACCCUGGGACCCUCGGCGUGCCGACUGGCCCCGCCCGCCCCGUGGACCUCCGCGGGCCGCUGUCCCCCCGCGCCCGGGGACUCGGCGGGCCCAGUGGCCCGCCGCUCCCCGUGGACCUCGGCGGGCCCGUGGCCCGCCCGCCCUGAGGGACCGUCGCGGCCGACUGGCCCGCCCGCAAGAUCAACUCCGGGACCUCGCGGGCCACUGCCGCCGCACCGCCCCGGGGACCCGGCGGGCCCAGUGGCCCGCCCGCACCCGGGGACCUCGGUGGGGCGACUGGCCCCGCCCGCCCCGGGGACUCGGCGGGCCACGUGGCCCCCCGCCCCCGGUGACCCGCGCAGGCCGCCUGGCCCCGCCCGCCCCGGGGACCUCGCGGGCCCGUGGCCCCGCCGCCCCGGGGAACCCUCGGCGGGCCCCACUGGCCCGCCUCACCCGGGGAACCGCGCGGCCCGCGUGGGAGGGGGGGAGUGGGCCCGCCCCGCCCGUGGAACCUCUGCGGGGCCCCACUGGCCCGCGCCCUCCCCGGGGCACGCUCGCGGGCCGACUGUGCCGCCCGCCCCAGGACCUCAGCGGCCGACUGGCCCGCCCCGCCCCGGGGACCUCGGCGGGCCCAGUGGCCCGCCCGCCUCCGGGGACCUCAGCGGGCCGACUGCCCCCCGCCCCGGGGACCUCGGCGGGCCCACUGGCCCGCCCGCUCCCCGGGGACUCAGUGCGUCCAAAAAGUGGCCGCCCACCCGCCCCGGGGACCCUCGGCGGGCCGACUGGCUCGCCCGCCCCGGGGACCUCGGGCGGGCCCAUGGCCCGCCCUGCAACCCGGGGACCCUCGGCGGCCGACUGGCCGCGCCCGCCCCGGGACCUCCGGCGGGCCGACUGGCCCCCCGCCGGGCAAACUCGGCGGGCCGACUGGCCCCGCCCCGCCCCGUGGACCUCGGCGGGCCCAGGUCCCGCCCCCGCGCCUCCCCCGGGGACCUCUGCGGGCCCAGUGGCCCGCCCGCCCGGGGACCCCUCGCGGUCCGAUGGCCCGCCCUCCCCUUGGACCUCGGGCAGGCCCAGUGGCCCCCCCGCCCGGGGAACUCGGCGGGGCGACUGGCCCGCCCGCCCCGGUCGACCUCGGCGGGCCACAGUGGCCCUCACGCCCCUGGGACCUCGGCGGGCCGACUGGCCCGCCCGCCCGAGGGACCCUCUGCAGGCCGACUUGGCCCCCUGCCCCGGGGACCUUGUCGGGGCCCAGUGGCCCGCACCGCCCCCUGGGAAUCGGCGGGCCGACCCGGCCCGCCCCCCCUGGGGACCUCGGCGGGGCCCAGUGGCCCGCCCAGCCCCGGGGACCUCGGGCCGUGCCGACUGGUCCCCCCGCCCCCCCGGGGACCUCGCGGGCCCGACUGGCCCGCCGCCCCCGGGGACCUCGUCGUGCCGACUGGCCCGCCCCGCCCCUGGGACCAUCGUCGGCCCAGCGCCCGCCCGCCCCGGGGACCUCGGACGGGCCCAGUGGCCAGCCCGCCCCGGGACCUCGCGGGCCAACUGGCCCUCCGACCCGGGGACCUCGGCGUGCCGCGGCCCCGCCCGCCCCGGGGACCUCGCGGGCUCCAAUGGCCCCGCCGCACCCGGGACCUCGGUGGGCCGCUGGCCCGCCCGCCCCGGGACAUCGCGGGCCAGUGGCCCGCCCGCCCCGGGACCUCGGCAGGCCGACUGGCCUCUCCCCGCCCCGGGGACCUCGGCGGGCCCAGUGGCCCGCACGCCCCGGGACCUCGGCGGGCCCACGGGCCCGCCCUGCCCCGGGACCUCGACGGGCCCAGUGGCCCGCCCGCCCCGGGACCUCGGCGGCCCACUGGGCCCCCCGCCCCGGGGACCUCGGCGGGCCUACUGGCCCGCCCGCCCCAGGACCAUCACCGGCCGACUGGCCCCGCCCAGCCCCCGGGGACCUCGGCUGACCCAAUGGCUUUCCCGCCCCGGGCCUCGCUGGGGCCCUGGCCCGCCCGCCCCCGGGGACCUCGGCGGGCCCACUGGCCCGCCCCCCCGCGGACCUCGGCGGGCCCAGUGCCCGCCGCCCCGGGGACCUCCUGGCGGGCCGACUGGCUCCGCCGCCCCGGGGACCUCGGCGGGCCCAGUGGCCCCGCCCUGCCCCGGGGACCCUCGGCGGGCCGACUGUCCCGCCCGGACCCCGGGGACCCUCGGCGGGCCGACGGGCCCCGCCCGCCCCGGGACCUGGCGGGCCGACUGGCCCGCCCGCCCCGUGACCUCGGCGGGCCCAGUGGCCCGCCCGCCCCGGGACCGCGGCGGGCCCAGUGGCCCGCCCGCCCCUGGACCUGCGUGCCGACUGGCCCGCCCUCCCCAGGGACCUCAGCGGGCCGACUGCCCCUCCCGCCCCUGGGACCUCGGCGGGCCCAGUGGCCCGCCCCGCCCCGGGGACCUCGGCGGGGCCUUUUUGGCCCGCCCUCGACCGGGAAAACCUUAGGCGGGCCCAGGUGGCCCGCAUCGCCCCGGGGAACCUCGGCGGCCCGACUGGCCCGCCCUGCCCCGGAAGACUCGGCAGGCCGCUGGCCGCCCGCCCCGGGGACCGUGGCGGGCCCGUUGGCCCCCCGCCCCGGGACCUCGGCGGGCCCAGUGGCCCGCCCGCCCCGGGACCUCGGCGGACCGACUGGCCCCGCCCCAGCCCCCUGGGACAACUCUGCGGGCCGACUGGCGCCGCCCGCCCCGGGGACCUCGGCGGGCCGAACUGCCCGCCCGCCACCGGGGACCUUGGCGGGCCGACUGGCCUGCCCGCCCGCGGGGACCUCGGCGAACCCAGUUGUCCGCCCUGCCCCGGGGACCUACGGCGGGCCCCAGUGUCCCCGCCCGCCCCGGGGACCGUCGGCGGGCCCCGACUGGCCCGCCCACCCCGCGGGACCCUCGGCGGGCCCAGUGCCCCGCCCGCCCCGGGGACCUCGGCGGCCCAGUGGCCGCCCACCCCGGGGAACCUCGGCGGGCCGACUGCCCCCCGCCCACCCGGGGACCUCAGGCGGGCCCAGUGGCCCGCCCGCCCCGGGAACUUGGCGGCCCAGUGGCCCGCCCGGCCCCGGGGACCCUCGGCGGGUCCGACUGGCCCGCCCGUGCAAGCCGCGGGGACCUCGGCGGGCCGACUGGCCCCCGCACCCUGGGACCUCGGCGGGCCGACUGGCCCGCACGUCCCCCGGGACCCUCCGGCGGGCCGACUGGCCCGCCCCGCACCCGGGGACCCGCGUGCCUCCUGGCCCCGCCCGCCCCGGGGACCUCGGCGUGCCUCUGGCCCCCGCCCGCCCAGGGGACAUCGGCGUGCCUCCUGGCCCGCCCGCCCCGUGGACAUCGGCGUGCCUCCUGGCCGCCCGCCCCGGGAACUCCCGGCGUUGCACUCCUGGCCCCCGCCCCCGGGACCUCGGCGUGCCUCCUGGCCCGACCGCCCCGGUGACCUCCGGCGUUGCCUCUGUCCGCCCCUCCACCGGGGACCUCGCGUGCCUCCUGGCCCGCCCGCCCCGGGGAACUCGUGCGGUUCCUCCUGGCCCGCGACCCGGGGAACUCGGGGCGUGGCCUCCUUGCCCGCCCGCCCCGGGGAACUCGCCGUGCCUCCUGGCCUCGCCCGCCUCCGGGGAACUCGGCGGGCCUCCUGGGCCCGCCCGCCCCGGACCUCGGCGGGCCUCCCUGGCCCUCCUGCCACCGUGA